AUGGACCAUUCGCGCGAUCCCUGCCCCUGGGUCAUUCUGAAUGACUUUGGCGGUGCCUUUGCCAUGGGUGCUGUCGGAGGAGCAGUAUGGCAUGGUGUGAAGGGUUUCCGUAACUCACCCUACGGCGAGCGACGCAUCGGCGCCAUCACAGCGAUCAAAGCUCGCGCGCCUGUUCUCGGCGGCAACUUCGGAGUCUGGGGAGGACUUUUCAACACAUACGACUGCGCAGUCAAGGGAAUACGGAAGAAGGAGGACCCGUGGAACGCCAUCAUCGCAGGAUUCUUCACAGGUGGCUCGCUCGCAGUACGAGGAGGAUACAGGUCGAUGCGAAACGGCGCGAUAUCAUGUGCCAUUUUGCUGGCUGUCAUCGAGGGUGUCUCAAUUGGCUUCAACCGCAUGAUGGCCGACAACACAAGGCUCGAUGCGCCCCCACCACCACCAGCCGACGUGGGUGCACCAUCCGGCGGCGGCGGCAUGGCUGUGGCCGCGUAA